CUCCUCCGACCCCAACCACACCGGCUCCCCCGGCCCCAUCGUCCUUCGCUCCUCCUACACAUCCGACUUCCGCACCUUCUCCACCCCCUCGACCCUCAUCGACAAGUCCCCAACCAACGUCAUCGACCUCUCCAUCCUGCCCGUCUCCAACACGACAUUCGUCCGCUUCAUCAAAGACGAGUCCGCCAAGACUGUUUUCAGCGAACUCAGCACGACCGGUCUAGGGGGGCCGUGGACACGGCAAGGUGGCGCCAGUGCGAUUAUUCAGAACGGGGUUGAAGGACCGGCGCCGUAUUGGGAUAACCAGGUCCAGGGGAAGGCGCAUUUGCUGUUGGACUUUUAUGGAAGUGAUGGGUAUAGGCCGUUUGAGAGUGCGGAUGUGGUGGGGGGACGGUGGACGGCGAGUGAGAGGAGUGCGUGGCCGAGGAAUUUGAGACAUGGGAGCGUGGUGCCGGUUACACAGGGGCAGUAUAGCGCGUUGACUGGUAGAUGGGGGUAGAUAGGGUGGUGGAUAGUGGAAUGGGCGUGGGAAUCGAGAGCCCUCGUUUCUGUCGCACCGGAUAGAGGGCUUUUCGACUCGUAGAACCGGUGGGCCAUGGUGGUGGACUGUAGGUCGUUAUGGCUUCCGACUAUCGAAAUAGGAAAUAGUAUGACUGCUUACGAGGGACUCCUGUGGGGUAUCUCUCUCAUACUCAUCUCCUC